AGGGAGGGAAGGAAGCAAGAGAAGGAGGCGGGCAGGCAGGCGGGUGCGGGGUCGGGACUAAGGCAUAGAGGGAGGCGAGAGCCGGGCAGCCGCUUCGCGCUGUUUGCUGCGCGGGCUUUUGGAGGGGGUGCCCCUUGAGUCUGCCGAGGAAGAGCAAGCACCGGCGGCGUUUGUACUGGCGCCUGGGGGCGGGGGACUGGGGAGGCGAGAAGGGGGGUCGCUGCGGUGGUUCUCUCGCUGUCGCGCACUCCUAGCCUCUUUCCGGGCUUGGUGGGUUUCUCCCGGCGUCUCUCUUGUCUCCGGGGUCCCGCUCCCCGCCCCCCGCGGUAUGUCUUGAUCCCGAGCUGCGGGUUACAUGGGGCUCCUCAGGAUUAUGAUGCCGCCCAAGUUGCAGCUGCUGGCGGUGGUGGCCUUCGCGGUGGCGAUGCUCUUCUUGGAGAACCAGAUCCAGAAACUGGAGGAGUCCCAGUCGAAGCUAGAAAGAGCUAUUGCAAGACAUGAAAUACGAGAAAUUGAGCAGCGACAUACAAUGGAUGGCCCUCGGCAAGAUGUAGCUUUAGAUGAGGAAGAGGACAUGGUGAUCAUUUAUAACAGAGUCCCCAAAACUGCAAGCACCUCUUUUACCAAUAUCGCCUAUGACCUGUGUGCGAAGAAUAAAUACCAUGUCCUUCACAUCAACACUACCAAAAAUAAUCCAGUGAUGUCACUGCAAGACCAGGUGCGCUUUGUAAAGAAUGUAACUUCCUGGAAAGAGAUGAAACCAGGGUUUUACCAUGGACAUGUUUCUUAUUUGGAUUUUGCAAAAUUUGGUGUGAAGAAGAAGCCUAUUUACAUUAAUGUCAUAAGAGAUCCUAUUGAAAGACUAGUUUCUUACUAUUACUUUCUGAGAUUUGGAGAUGAUUAUAGACCGGGGCUACGGAGACGAAAACAAGGAGACAAAAAAACCUUUGAUGAAUGUGUAGCUGAGGGUGGCUCAGAUUGUGCUCCAGAGAAGCUCUGGCUUCAAAUCCCAUUCUUCUGUGGCCACAGCUCAGAAUGCUGGAAUGUGGGAAGCAGGUGGGCUAUGGAUCAAGCCAAGUAUAACCUAAUUAAUGAAUACUUUCUGGUGGGAGUUACUGAAGAGCUUGAAGAUUUUAUCAUGUUGUUGGAGGCAGCUCUCCCCCGCUUCUUCAGGGGCGCAACAGAGCUCUAUCGUACAGGAAAGAAAUCUCAUCUUAGGAAAACUACAGAGAAGAAACUACCCACUAAACAAACCAUUGCAAAACUGCAGCAAUCUGACAUUUGGAAAAUGGAGAACGAGUUCUAUGAAUUUGCACUAGAGCAAUUUCAGUUUAUCAGAGCUCAUGCUGUUCGAGAAAAAGAUGGAGACCUCUACAUCCUUGCACAAAAUUUUUUCUAUGAAAAGAUUUAUCCCAAAGCGAACUAAAUACAAGGUGUGACUAUUAGAUUCUUGAACUAAAUCUUUGACCCGGUCUUCACCUUAGUUCUAAGCUCUACAACCUGGAUUGCUUUUAGAUGUGUAAGACAAUUUGUAUUGUCCCAAGUUAGGAAACAGACAAUGAUGUCAAAGAAAUGAAUGGAUACUGGCUGGUAUGUCAGUGUUUUAAGAAGUUUAAGUUUCAGGGUUUAUUUUUUUUUCUUAUUAAGUUUUGGUAGGAGUUAUAACCUCCCACCUGGGAAAAAACCUACACUUCACCUAAAAUAUAAAAAUAUAGCAGGUAUAAUCAAAAGGCUAAGUACAGUAUCAGGAAAGUUUCUGAUACUAUGCUUUUUGAUAAAGCAUUUUUCAACUAAUCAUAAGUGAAAGUGAAUCCAUUUGCUACUUCUACCUUCACCUGGAGGUUUGAGGUACACACCUCUACUGAAUAGUGUUAAUAACUGUUUGGCAGUGUGUGCUUUGUUUUUGUGAAUCAUGUCCAUGAAAUUUAUUGGAAUGUUCAAUCCUGUUUGCUAAGAAAUGUUUCUGCUGUAGUUGGGUUUUCCCAUAUAUAUGUAGGUUGUUUUAAUUUUUUAAAAAAUGCUCAUUAGUGUUAAAAACCAAUUUCAACCAUUACUAACACUGUAAAAAGAGAGUCGAAGCAGUAUUUCUCAUUCCUGUCUUUCCAGUAUCUCGGGAAGACACUUCAGAGAAUGUUGACAUUGCCUCAAGUUUUAGUUAAGACACACUGAUCUCAAAAAAAUAAUUUUAGUAUUUGUUUCUCCAUGGAUUAUUUGUAAUAGCUGUAUCUGAAAUACCGGUGACUCCAUAUUAUGACUCCAUUAGUGAGCUGUAGUAUGGGUAGGGUUUUCCUACAUCUUCUGUACUUUUACCUGUAGACUAUUUUUACUAAAGUGCUUUAUAAUGUGUUUUAAAGCAUUGCAUUUACAGAAAAGGAAAAUGCUGUAUAUAUUGCAUAUUUUAUGUAUUUGGACCAAAAGAUUACAAGUAAUUAGACAAAAGUGGUUUUGCACCAGUUUUAUUAUGUCAAGUAAAACCAUCAGACCUACUGUUCUUAUAUUUCUCAUUUAAUGUUACUGUUAGACAUCACUGAAAUGAACUUAAGUAACCUUUCAAUUUUGAUACACAGUACAUUAUUCAUAAUUGGAAGCAGUAGUUAUAGUGGAAAGAGUCCUGGACAAGGAGUCAGAAAACUUGAUUUCUAGUUCUGGCUCUGCCACUUAGCAGCUGUGUGACCUUGGGCAAGUCACUUAACCUUUCCUUGCCUCAAUUUCCUCAUCUUGAAAUGAGGAUAAUAAUACCUGCUGUACCUACCUCACAGGGGUGUUGUGAGGAUUAAAUGAGGUGGCGUGUGAAAGCACUUUGAAAUCUAUGAAGCGCUACAUAAAUGUAAGGUAUUAUAGAAACAUCCUUACCCUAUAGUUUCGUUCCAUUCAUUUUUUUAGUACAAGAAAGGGUAAAAGUCCACUUAUAUGCUGGCUGAAAAAAAAAAAAAAAGUUAAUCUUGGUAUAACUUUGUGUUUGAU